AUGUCUGACGUCAGGGUGAACCUGGGUGAACCGUGUCCUGCCCCUGUGAGACCCCCGAGUAAUGAGGCUCCCUGGCCUGACCUCCAGAGUCCUCAGCCGGCCGGUCAGCCAUCCUCAGCAGAUGCCAGCCCUUCACCCUGCGCUGAGACAAAUGGCUUGUUGUCUUUACCCUGGGAGAUAAUCACCCACAUCGCCUCGUACCUUCCUGCGCAGUAUGUCACCACUGUGCUGCCAAAGGUUUGCCAGAAAUUGGGUUAUUUGUUAAAGGACACCAGCUCUUGGCGGCUCCGAGCACGUCGAUUAAUAGGAUCCCAAGCUGGCUUUCCAGUGGGGCCAAGGGAGGACUUUGACUGGCCUACUGCUUGUCUGGAGAUGGAGCAGCUGAUAAUCUGCUGGAAAGGCAGAGCGCAGCUUUUGCCCGGACAGGCCCAACAAGAGGAGGAGGAAAGUCAUCAAGUGAGGCAGCAGCAACAGGCGAGGCAGGACAGGGAACCAGGCGAAGAGGGACAGGAUGAUGGCAGAGAGGCUGAGGUAGAAGGGGCAGGGGUGGCUGUGAUCGAAGAAGGAAGGGACCACAGGAUGAGGUUCGAUGGGGAAGAUGGUGCUCUUAAUCACCAAGAGAACUUGGCUGACCCUGGAAAUCUGGGUAAUGGAAGACAGGGAGAGAUGGAACAAAGUCAAACCUGCAGAUGUCCUAGCCCACCCUCAGCACUGGAACGCAUCACCAUCCCUACAAACCACAAUGACUCAGUCAACUCUGUUCUCCUUGUCGGGGGAGAGGGGAAGGUUUGUGCCACAGCUUCCAGAGACCGGAAUGUUAAACUGUGGGAUCUACAAGCAGGCUCUACUGGGACGCUGCUGCACACAUUGGGAGGACAGGAUGCGUCACACACCCAUCGGGGCUGGGUCUGGUGCCUGGCAUCUCGAGGGUCUCUAAUGGUUUCAGGGGGCUUCGACAGCUCAGUGAGGCUGUGGGACCUGCAGGCAGGUGGUGCAGUGGGGGGCCUAAUCAGAACUGAUUCUGCUGUCCUCUGCCUGUCCUGUCAGACAGAUGUGUUGCUGGCUGGUACAAUGAACAAGAGAAUCACAAUGUGGGACACCAGAGCUGCCAGCCCUGUGGUGAAAAGCCUCUGGCUCCAUGGUGAUGCUGUGAUGUGCCUGGCUGCAGAUGACAAGUACAUCAUCUCUGGAAGUACAGACGGGACUGUAGCUGUCUAUGAUCGCAGGGCAGGCAAAGUCUUGAAGAAACUUCAGCUGACUUCUCACCUGCGGUCCAUGAGCUACAGUGGCAGUGAGGUAUGGGCAGGAGACUGUAAGGGCAUGCUCCGCUCCUUUUCCAUGCAAGCAGGGACCUUAAAAGACAAGUGGUCUAAGUUUGAUGUGGGACACACUGCUAUGGUCACUGGUGUCCACAGAUCUCAUGGGAGCCUCUACACCUGUUCAUCUGAUCGUACUGUCAAGGUACACAUCCCUUGUGCACCUCCGAGGACAUUAUGCACACUCCAUCAUCAAGAUGAGGUCAAUGGGCUGAGUGUGGACGCCGGAGUCUUCGCUGUAGCCACAGGAGAUGUGUGUGUAGAUGUCUGGAGGCCCAGAACAUGA